AUGAGCAUCUCAGCUCUCGGAAGCAGCACCAAAGGGAAGCCUCUCUCAGCAGGCGAGGAGGAACGCAGUAACGUCCUCAGGCAGAUGAAGGUGCGGACCACUCUAAAGGGGGACAAGAGCUGGAUCACCAAGCAGGAUGAAUCAGAGGGCCACACCCUAGAGCUGCCCUCUGGUCGGAGUCGUGCCACAUCCUUUUCAUCACCUGGGGAGGUCCCGAAGGCCAGGUCUUCAAGCACAAGGGCUUCCACUGGCUAUAUCAUCCGGGGUGUGUUCACCAAGCCCAUCGACAGCUCAUCCCAGCCCCAGCAGCACUUUCCUAAGGCCAACGGAGCUCCAAAAAGCAUGGCCAGUCUGGUGAGAGCAGCUCCCUCCGGGUCACUCCGCCCCUUCUCUUCUGGCUACAAGAUGACCACUGAGGACUACAAGAAGCUGGCACCCUACAAUAUCAGGCGCAGCUCAGCCUCGGGGGCAGAUGAAGAGGAGGAAGUGCCCUUCUCUUCUGAUGAGCAGAAACGGAGGUCAGAGGCUGCAAGUAGUGUGGUGAGGAAGACAGCUCCCCGGGAGCGCUCCUACGUCCUGUCAGCGGCCAAGAAGAGCACAGGAAGCCCUAUUCAAGAAUUGCAGGCCCCAUUCAUUGCGAAAAGGGUGGAGGUAGUGGAGGAGGACGGGCCUUCUGAGAAGAGGCAGGACCCACCUGCUCUGACAAGAUCUCCUCCUGGCUCCAGCAGUGCGGAUGGAGGCCGAGCCAAAGUGUCUCGGGCAAUUUGGAUUGAGCGCAUGCCAAGUCUGCCAAGCCCUGCCGGGAGCCUGGAGCCCAGUGCAAGAGGUGAGGAAAUUGUCCGCCUGCAGAUUAUGACACCCGGGGCAGGACUCCGCCUGGUGGCUCCAGACCUGGAAGGAAUGAGGUCUUCCCCAGACUCCAAAGACAGGGAAGCCCUCAGUCCCAGAGAGCCCAAGAGAGAUUUGGCUGGUGAGGAGGCCUUUAAGGGCCCCAAUUCAGACUUUGAAAGGUCAAAUGCACAGUCAAGGGAUGGCAACAUGGGAUCCAGAGCCACAGGCUCCCCACCUGAAGGCUUGGCUGGAGCAGACAUCAGCUCUGGGAGAGGAGGGGUGUGCUCAGCUGCUGGCUUCACGCCUCUCCUGGAUGACAAUGAUGUGCAUGGUGCCAACUCUCAAGCUCGCAAACCUGGACUAGUGGUCACCAGCUCCGAUGCUACUUUGGCUUCUGCUGUACCAACUAACAGGAAGAGCAACAGCCCAGCAGACCUGGAGGACAUGAAUGCAAAUUUGAAGGGGUCCGUGGCAGGUUUUGAGGAGAAGAAGAAUGUGGUCAUCGAGCUGGGAGAGUCCUGGCAGGAGAAGCCUGCAGCUCCCAGAGGUGGCCACAGAGACUCAGCUGCACCUACCCAGCAACCUGAAGACGCGAGCACUCCAGAGCAUCAUAGCAGCUCCAGAAGACCCCAGCAGUUAAUGGACUUGAAGACCCAGGCCAGCAGCUCCUUGGCUGAUUUUGAGGAGAAGAAUGUGGUCACCGAGCUGGGAGAGACCUGGCAGGAGAAGCCUGCAGCCCCCAGAGGUAGCCAGGGAGACCAAGCUGCACCUACCCAGCAGCCUGAAGACCCCAGCACUCCAGAGCAUCAGACCAGCCCCAGGAGACUCCAGCAGCUCAUGGAAUUGGAGAGCCAGGCCAGCAGGGUGAGAAACCCCUCUAGCUGUAUGGUCACCGUUACAGUCACUGCUGCCGCCGAGCAGCCUCAUGUUUACAUCCCAGCCUCCCCAAGUGAAUUGGACUCCAGCUCAACCAGCAAAGGGAUUCUCUUUGUGAAGGAAUACAUGAAUGCUAGUGAGGUAUCUUCCGGGAAGCUGGUGUCUCCACGUUACAGCAGCAUCAGCAAUACUGAGGACUCCUUCAACAUGGAGAAGAAACCCACAUAUGACAGCAUGCCAUACUCUGAGAGAACAUCCGGAGGAAUCUGUACUUAUUGCAACCGAGAGAUCAGAGACUGUCCAAAGAUUACCCUUGAACACCUUGGCAUCUGCUGCCAUGACUAUUGCUUUAAGUGUGGGAUUUGCAAUAAACCGAUGGGUGAGCUCCUGGAUCAGAUCUUCAUUCACCGUGACACCAUCCACUGUGGAAAAUGCUAUGAAAAGCUCUUCUAG